AAAUUUGAUAAUGAACCAAAAUUAAUUAGACAAUGAGGCAGAUCCUUAACAACAAUUCUUGGAUGUACUUUAUUAAAAUCGAAUAAAAUAGGCAUUUAAAGAACUUCUGGAAGUUUAAAAUUAGAGGAUGUAUAAUGGGAAUGAUAUGCUAAAUUAGUAUUGUCCUCAAUUAUAAUACCCAGUGAUAUUGCCAACUUAAAUUCCAAAUACAUUUAUAGUAAAAUAGCAAUCAAUAUAAUUAGAUUAACAUGGGUCCAUACUAUCCUCACAUAUAACAGCCUCAAAUUCAUCCAUAAUAAGCUUAAUAAGCAAGAUUAGCACCAUAAACUUAAUAGAAUUAAUUCUUUAAUAAUUAGAGUAUUAAAGAAGAGGAGCAUGAUGAUAACAAAUAAUCUAAGAGUUGUUUAUAACAGAGGAAAUGAUGAA